CAAAAGAGACGGCCGUCAUCGCUUGCUUUCCCUCUUGCGCCGUCUCUCGUCCCUGUCAUCUUAAAGCUCCGGCCCGCCGCCAGCUGCCACGAGCUCUCCCAAAAGGGCUAAUAGUAAACAAAGGCCCUAGCUUUCGCACCCCCGACCCUCCGACCCCCCGGACGCCCGCUGUCCCAGACAACCGUCCACUCUGUUGCUGCACUGCCUGCUGACCUUAAUAACCAACAGCCAGUCCAUCGCUCGCGCAGGCUUUUUGGUUUCUCUCUGUCGCACGAUACGAUUCCUCCCCCAAGCAUUUCCGAACACUCGAUAUCCUCGACUCCCUUCUCGUCUUCCGCUAUCGCACUUGUUUGCGUCCCCGCCACUUGCACCGGGCUGCGCGAUCGAACAUUCCUUGGACAUUGUGUGACGUCGACGAAAAUGGCUGACGAGGGCGUUGCUGAGCACUAUCAAGUCCUUGAGGAGCUUGGCCGGGGGAGUUUUGGCGUUGUCUACAAGGGCAUCGAGAAAGCCACCGGCGAGACCGUUGCUAUCAAACAUAUUGACCUGGAGUCCAACGACGAUGAUAUCCAAGACAUUCAAGCCGAGAUCGCAGUGCUGAGCACCUGCGCCAGCUCCUACGUCACGCAAUACAAGGGAUCUUUCCUUCGAGGCACAAAAUUAUGGAUUGUCAUGGAGUUUCUCGGCGGCGGAUCCUGCUUGGAUUUGUUGAAACCGGCGAACUUCAGUGAGGCGCACAUCGCCAUCGUCUGCCGCGAGCUACUGCUCGGCAUCCAAUAUCUACACACCGAAGGCAAGAUCCACCGCGAUAUCAAAGCGGCUAAUGUCCUCCUGUCAGAGACUGGAAAGGUCAAGCUGGCCGACUUUGGUGUUGCGGCCCAGUUGACCAACAUCAAGUCCCAGCGAAACACUUUCGUUGGGACUCCUUUUUGGAUGGCGCCGGAAGUUAUUCAACAGGAUGGGUACAGCUUCAAGGCUGAUAUUUGGUCUCUGGGCAUCACGGCCAUGGAGAUGGCGAAUGGCGAGCCUCCUCUCUGCCAUAUCCACCCCAUGAAGGUCCUGUUCCAUAUCCCCAAGAACGCCGCACCUCGCCUGGAGGGCAAUUUCAGCAAGGAGUUCAAGGACUUCGUUUCUCAAUGUCUGACCAAGGACUACGACCGUCGACCAACUGCCAAAGACCUACUGCGACACCGCUUCAUCCGAAACGCAGGCAAGGUUGAGGCCCUCCAGGAGCUCAUCUCCCGGCGGCAGAUGUGGGAUGCCAACCAAAACCGACAAAGGCACCCCAUUUACUACCAGGAGACCCUCCAGACGAUCUCCCCCAAGGACGAGGAGCAAGAGUGGGUCUUUGACACCGUCAAGUCAGUUGCACCUUCGAGGAGACCAACCGUCAAGCAUCAUCGUAAGCCCUCGUCUAUUUUUGCUGCGGACGAGGCCAUGCGCAGGCUAGAUCUUAAGGACGCGCCGCUCGGUGUUUCCUCCCCAGGUACUGUCCGAAGGUCGACUGUUCGACGAACCCCAUCCCUUGCACAGACCUCUUCAAUUCGGUCUAACGGCUCUCCUCGACCCCAUGUGCUCCCUAAGAAGCCACUUCAGCCAGAUAUGUCCUUUGGCAACUCGGGAUCGACUAUGCGUCUGUUCCGACGAGUGCCCUCGGAUGGCUCCAUUACGAGUCAGACGGGCCAACCUGCCUCCCAAGACGAUGUCUUCUGUGACGAGAACACUCCGCCCUCGGCUAGCGCCCCUAUCGAGCCAUACGGCAAGGAAGCUGUGCUGGGACGUCGGCUAUAUGCCAGGGCCGUGGAACCGACUCUUGCCGAGCUGCAUGCUCAAACCUCUGCCAUGCAGAAACGAGAAGCGCUGGCGAAGUUGUCGGAUGCCUUUGCGGCUUUGGACGCGGUUGACCCCGAGGGUGCCUAUCAUCUGAUGAGCAACAUGGUGUCGGCAAUGUCUCAGGAUAACAAGUUGAACGCUGCUCUCCUCCGCCAGCCUACUCAGAAGAUUCCUGACGACGGAACUCCUCAGGGGACUGUUAUUGUCAAGAACUCUACACCCCAGACGAGCCCGAGCAAGCUCGUCAUGAACUCCAACAACCCACACCUCCGGAGUCACCGACGCCGACAUAUCGAAUCCCCCAUUCUGAACGAAAAGGACUUUGGGGACAAGUCCACUCUUGAGGGCAGGUACCCCGGUCAAGAGGCCAGCGCGGGCAUGGAGCACUGCAAGCAGUUAUCCGACGUGCUCUACUCUCGUUGGGUUGACGGUCUUCGCAUCCGAUGGCCCGCUGUUUGAUCCCAGCGAGCUCAUCACUUGCAGUACAUAAUGGAUGAGACGCCGUGGUCGAAUACGCAAUAAUGCAUCGCUAAUUACGGUGCUACACCAUGAUCUACUGUACGAUUUCUGUAUACAACAUCAAUGAUGUUGAUUAUUUUCUCAAAAGGGACUGGAAGGGCUUUAUUUAGGCUUGUUUGGUACCGUCGUCCGCCACAUGUGUGGUUUUCAUCAUGGCUCUGGGACACGGCAUGGUAUUCUUGGCAUGAUGAUAUCUUGACGACCGAUGGCUGCUUUUUUGCUUGCAUUUUACUGGAGCAUGGUGUUUUAUGGUAAUUUGCUACUUCGGAUGGAGGAAGGGUGGUAGUCUUGAUUUUUAGUUGCUUUGUUGUGAUUCUAGAUAGCUAGAUACGCAAUACCUAAGCAUAUGAACGCAGU